AUCUCAAUCUAGCCCAACCAAGUUUACAGCCCGUCAUCUAUAUGCAGCGGUGAUAAAAUGAAACCCUAACCCAUCCCAUUCCAUUUCUAGGGUUUCGCAGAGAGCAAAGUAGCAGCCUUCGUAGCUUUUCUUCAGUCGCAUACAUGGCGAGAAUUAAGGUUCAUGAGCUGAGAGGAAAAACCAAGGCAGAACUGUUGAGUCAGUUGAAGGAUCUGAAAGCUGAACUCGCCCUUCUCCGAGUGGCCAAGGUCACUGGUGGUGCUCCUAACAAGCUCUCCAAAAUAAAAGUGGUGAGGUUGUCAAUUGCACAGGUGUUGACAGUGAUCUCACAGAAACAGAAGGCUGCUCUUAGGGAAGCAUACAAGAACAAGAAAUACUUGCCCCUUGAUCUGCGUCCCAAGAAAACCAGAGCCAUCCGCAGACGUCUCACCAAACAUCAGGCAUCAUUGAAGACGGAACGGGAGAAGAAAAAGGAGAUGUACUUUCCAAUGAGGAAAUAUGCCAUUAAGGUGUAAGUUUGGAUCUCUUAUGGAGGAGAUUUUGGUACUCACUAUAAAUCUUAUUCCAAUGAUGAACUUCUAAAUUUUGAUUACUUCUACUCCAAUACUGGACUUGAAUGAGUGUUUUAAUUUGAAUUAAUGGCUAGUAAACUCCGGAGGUUGUCUCUCUCCAAUGCAGUGAUAGGCGAGAGAUUGAUAUUUAUGUAUGUGUUGGUGGUUGCUUUUACGAGUUAUGUUUUGUUGCCA